AUGUCGUCCAAUCCUGACGUCUCUUCUGGGUUAAAACCGAGCUUGACGCCCACGUCGAUCAGCUCCAACAUUUCCGAGGCCCAACCAACAACAGGACUCAACCCCAUCAACGCGUCUGGCGGACUCAAGGUCAAGGAAACAGACGAUCUUCGAGCCAAUUUCUCGUCUCGAUCAGGCCAGCUCGACGAUGCGCCUCCUUCAAAUACGCCCCAAUCGUCGCCCUUAUUGUCUUCAACGCCCCCAACAGUGAGCAAAAGUUUGGUCAAGUCGUAUCCAUAUUUAAUCACCGCCAACAAGCUUUUGGGCAUUAUAACAUGGACAGACGACAGUGCGUACCUGUCGUUGCUGGUGACAACGUCCAUUUCGUUGUUGAUCUUAUAUUUUGAAAACAUCAUCAUUUAUUUCGGUCACCUGUCAAUUGUUGCCCUGAUCUCUCUUUAUUCUGUGUUCCAUUCGUAUGUCGACCGCGAGAUCAAAAAAAACCCAUCUUUGGACGAUGUGAUCCAUUGUCUCACCACUGUGAGCGUCAGAGCAGACAUCUUGCUGUUCCCGAUCAGCUCUCUCAAUCUCACCUCUACCGAUCUGAGAAGACUGCUAUUCACUACAAUUUUCCUUUCGCCAGCAUACAUCUUCAUCAGUUAUCUGAUUCUGCCUCCUAGAACCUUGCUGCUGAUUCUGACGCUCUUUUUCCUUACCUACCACUCCAGUUGGUCCCGGGUCACCAGAAAACUGCUUUGGCGUUCCUCCACGGUCAGACUGCUGUGUUUCUACGUGACGGGUCUCGACUUCGAGUCCCAGCACGCCAACAAGAACUCACUAUUCAAAAUUGCAAUGAACAAGACAAACAAGAAGCUCAAGGAGGUCACCACGCUGGCCGGGUCGAAAAACAACGGUCCUGUGCGGUUCACCUACGUUUUGUACGAGAACCAGAGACGCUGGCUCGGUGUUGGAUGGACUCCCAACCUGCUCAGUUACGAGAGAACUCCCUGGACAGACGAGUUCCUGAACGAGGCCGACUCUCCCGAGGACUUUGAGCUUCCGCAGCUCAACGACGACACAGGAAUGUACUGGAGAUGGGUCGACAAAACAUGGCGACUGGACCUGACCAACGACGGCGCAUUGCAGCUGCCGUCGUCCAAGUUCAAGACCACUGCGGACCCGAAACCGGGCGACGGGUUCAUUUAUUACGACAACACAUGGAAGAAUCCGUCUACAGAGGACUCGUUCAGCAAGUACACGCGGCGCAGAAGAUGGAUCCGCACGGCAGAGCUGGUUUCGCCGGGAGACGACAGCUCGCACGAGGCCUCGACCACGGUUCCACCGUCUGCCUCGAGCAGCGUGGGCGUUUCCGUGCCAAAGGCGUCUACGGUGGCAGACGUGCAAAACAUCAGCGCAAACGGCAACUUAACCACCAGCACAGAAACCCUGACCGAUCUCUCGGGCACGACAAAGAAACGCAAGAGCCUGCGGUUCGACUCGUCUCCGACGGUGUUUGAGAACCAGCCCGAAAACGUGCCCACCGACCUAGAUAAGAAGAACGACUAA